UGACUCAUUGAAGCGGAAGUGCUUGGUGGUUGUUGUUAUGCUAAUGCUAACAGCUAGCUUCUACUGUCUGCUAUACAUGCCCUGUUGUUGGUGUUGUUGUUGACAGGCACACAACAUCGAUGGUCAGGAUGACCCAGAAGCACUGCCUGGAGGGCCAGGUGUAUUCGGUGCCUCUCAUCCAGCCGGACCUGAGGCGAGAAGAAGCUGUUCAUCAGAUAGCCGAUGCAUUAUUCUACCUGGAGACCAUCUCAACGGAUAUUUUCAGCAGGGUGUCUGAAAGUGUCGAGAACAACCGCCGCAAUCUGCAGAGUGUCACCGACCGCAUCCGACUAGUUCAGGCGCGCGUGGACAGGAUCAAGGGCAGCAAAAAAGCCACCAAGGUUUUUUCCAGUGCCAAGUACCCAGCCCCGGACAGACUCCAGGACUACUCCUCUAUUUUCACCGGAGCCGCUGACCCCUCGCUGCAAGACCACCCUCGACCCAGGAUACAGAACAAACUUCGACCUUUUGAUGAGAAGACUUUACAGGAGAAGUUGGUGUACUUCCCGGUGUGCGUGGCCAACAAGAAGAAGUCUGAAGACGAGACGCAGGAAGGCCUGGGCAGUCUGCCGCGUAACAUCUCCUCCGUCAGCUCGCUGUUGCUCUUCAACACCACCGAGAACCUAUACAAGAAGUACGUGUUCCUCGAUCCUCUGGCGGGAGCCGUGACGAAGACGCACACGACCAUAGAGACUGAGAAGGCGGAGAAGCCUUUCGAUGCUCCUCUGUCCAUCACCAAGAGAGAACAGCUGGAGAGACUGACAGCAGAGAACUAUUUCUACGUGCCAGACUUGGGGCAGGUGCCCGAAAUCGACGUGCCGUCAUACCUGCCAGACCUGCCGGGCAUCGCAGAUGACUUGUCUUACAGCGCCGACCUGGGGCCCGGCUUUGCACCAUCGGGACCCUUGCACAUCAUACCGGAGCUGCCGUCUUUCUCCGAGGAGUGCAGCACAGAAGGUUUCCAAGCGAAUGUUCCUCCUCCUCCCCCGCCACCACCGCCACCUCCUGCUUCUGAACCUGCGCUCGUAGCAGGACCGCCUCCUCCUCCUCCACCGCCUCCUCCUCCUCCACCACCUGCGCCUGCACUAAUGUCCACAGAGGGUUCCAGAGUUGCUAACUCAGGUCCGGUGUCGGGCGCCCCCAGCGAGGUGGUCCAGCCUUCAGACGGCCGGGCCAGCCUCCUGGAGUCCAUCCGCAACGCCGGGGGCAUCGGCAAAGCCAAUUUACGCAACAUCAAAGAGCGCAAGAUGGAGAAGAAGAAACAGAAGGAGCAGGAACAAGCAGUUGGAGCAGCAUCAAGCGGCGGCGACUUCAUGUCUGAUCUUUUCAACAAGCUGGCCAUGCGCAGGAAAGGUAUUUCUGGCAAGGUUCCCACAGGCGGUGAGUCAACGGACGCUCCCAGCGGAGCCGGUGGCGCCUUUGCCAGAAUGUCCGACGUCAUCCCGCCACUCCCCGCCCCUCACGCCACAACAGACGACGACGACUGGGAGGUGUGAGGCUGCGGUCAGCCAACCGUUUCAUGCACUGACAAUAAAAAUGAGAAGUUUUUGAUAAAGCUGUCCUGGUGAAUGUAAGAAGUAUUAGGCAGCACUUGAUUGUAAAAUGGCAGUGAAUUGUUCUUCUCUUCAAUGAACCCAUAUUUGCAUUACGUAA